UGAAAUUGAAAUUUAAUGUAUUUUUUUUUUACAGACAAUUUUAUUCAUAUGUGCGUUGGGACAUACACAAGCACCCUACUUGUUUAUCGAGAAACAGAACUAAAGUGGGCUUCCCAGCUUCCAUUUCCUCCUGUGGCUCUUGCUAGGUCAGAUUUUACGGCUUACAGAUUUUUAAGGGGUAUUAAAGGUGCUGCUGUAUCUUUGGGGGAUGCUGGGCAACUUCAGGUAUCAUAUCUGGGUACAGAUCCUUCCCUCUUUGUUGCACCGCCAGCAGAAACCAGAGAGAUUAACUAUGACCAGACUGACAAAGAAUUGGCUCAGCUUCACAGGAUCAUUAAAGCAUCCACAAAAGAUACAGGAACUCUUGUUGGAAUGAAUCGAGGGGAUAAUGACUUACUGGUGACAGGGUCUAUUGGCACACAAUUGGAAAGAUGGCUAGGCACCACAAAGAUACAAGAUCCUGAGGGUGUGCCAGCAGUACCAGUAGUUGUGCGACUAACAGCUCACAUCCCACUGAAUUGUGUCAGAGUUAACAUCUGUGUAGAAAAGCCUCUGGCUGUAACUCAAGAUACAUUUGUGCUUAGAACAAUAUGUGACACAAGCCAGAUCAUGGUGAAAAUAUACUUGGCCGAGAGUUACAUUCCUACGAGUCUAAAAGUGGCCAUUAUUGCAUCAUAUGUCAAUCAGAGUGGAGCUCCUCGUGUCAUUACUGCUUCUAUGGAAGUUCCCCUCCGUUUGGUUGUCAAGCCUAGUGCACCAACCAAAGAAGCUGACCACAAGAUAACAAUUGCAACAAAUAAAGCUGCUGUAAAUCUUCCAGAGCUUUUCCCAGACUUUGGCUUAGAUGGAAGUGUAACGACUGCCACUUGGACUUGGGGGCAGGUUAUUAUGGUGGCCCUUGAAGUUACGAUUCUCUCCUCAAGGACAACCAACAGAUAUCGUUUACAAUCAGACAGUUUGGCUGCUCUGUGGUUGAUUCUCAGCGAAGUCACUCAGCGCCUUAGAAGUUACUGGGGCCAUUCUUCUCGCAAAGAUGGAGAGGAACUGGAACUAGGAGUUGCUUCAGCUGUGCCAGUUCACGAAUUAUUUUCUGAGAUUGAUGCUCACUUCAUGAGGAGAAAGAAACUCCAUGAGUUGCAGGUCAGCUCAGCUUUGUGCAGCGGGCAACUCAGUUUCGUGCAGUCCCAUCGCCGCCGUUUACUGACCAAAUUCAAGGAUAAGACGCCGACACCUCUCACUAACCUUGAUAACUUACUUGAAGGAACAUACAAGCAGAUAUUGCAGAUCACAGAUGUCAUUAAUGAAAAUUUUAGGGGACUUGAAGAAGAUGGGUGCAUUUUAAGCUGCGUGGUGCAAGUGAUUCUUGAACUUGUACGAUUGCAAACAAAGAUGGCAGAUCAAGAGUUCAUGCUGCUAACUGCUGCUGUUUCACCAAUUGUGCAUUCUAGUAUGGAUCAGGGCUGGGAGGAGACGACUGAUGCCAGUGUGACAUUCCUGCUCAAAACUGUUCUAGGUCGAGGGAGUAGGGACGCAGCAAUAUCACCUGAAUUGAUGAUGCCAAAUGACACAAUCAAAUUGAAGAAGCAUUUAGGCAUACUUCUUGAAAAGAUCUUAAAAACUGGAGCCAAGUUGAAUAUAAAUACUCCUACAACUAAUAAUAUAGAACCUAUAGAAGACCCACAUUCAGGAGAUGAAGAAGUAAUUGCUUCUGUUCCAAAGGAAGACACAGCUCAACCUGAAGAUCAUCAUGACCCAACGACUGUGCCGCUCGGCUCACGGCUGGGUGAAGAUCGUGCUCGCUCGGCUAGAAUCAGAUCGGCUCGUCUCAUGUCCGCUCGCAGGAUUCCGGAACAGAGAAGUGAGGAUGAUGAGUCCGAAAGCCCAUAUACUACUGAUAGGGGGCAAGGAUCAAUACAAGUUUUAGAGUCUGCAAGUGAAGAACCAGAAAAUCUGAUAAACUUCGAAGAUGAAGAAGAAUUAGGGGAAGGGGAAAACUCAGCACAAGAUAUUGAAGAUACUCCUGCUGAUGAAGAGGAAGCUUUGCCCGAUACCGGUAACGACAGCGAGUUGCCUGAUCCUGGUAAUGAAGAUGCAACCUCCAGUCCUGGUGAUGAAGAUGCAACAUCAAAUCAUGGAAAUGACGAUGCUUCACAAAUGGAAGUUAAAGGUACUGAAGAAGAUGAUCAAGAAAGUGAAAUUUUGAAUUUUUCAGAAGCUAAGAAUAAAGGUGACAAAUCCAUCCUCACAAAAUCAGAGCCAUUAAGAAGAGAUAUAGAAAAACUCAAGAAGCAAACUUCAAAAGAUAAUUUGAUAGAAAGUCCUAGUGAUGUGUUAGUUGAUGGAGACCUGGAUGACCUAUGGUAACUGCUAGCAAUCUACUGAUGCCAUGUUGCAUGUGAAAAUUGGCCUGAUUUAAGUUAAAAUUUUACAGAUGAAAUAAGCAGUACCUGCUUAUCAUGUAACAAUGCUUGGUAAUAUUUUAAUGAUCUUUGUGAUUAAAACAAAGUAGAUAUAUAGACAAAAAUUUCAAAAGUCUUAUUCUGCUUUUUAUACACAGUUGCACAAAACUUGAAAGCCUUAGGAAUAUUCAGUAAUUAAAACUUGGUUUCAGUGGUAAGUUGAAAUUAGGAGCUAGUAUUUUAAUUUUUUUUUUUUUGAGCCUACAACGUACAUCCAAAUUUUAGAGAUAAGACUGCAUAUGAACAUUUGACAAUUAGAACAAAUGAUAAAGCUAUGAUGUCCUGUUAUGUCAAACUACUUCAUUAGAAAGUUACUGUAGUCAGAAACGUACACAGGUAUUUAAACCGUCCAGCUAUACAUAUCUAGUCAUAUUUUGAUAACUGUACUCUACCUUUUCAAUCAAAGUGAUGACUUCUAGUCAAGAUUUUCACUAAAAAUAUUAAGAAUAGUUUAAGAUUUGCAGUUGAAAGCUAACCAAAUUAUGAAUUUUGACUGCUAUAAUAAAAAUUUAUUUUAUGAUA